AUGCGAACGACGUGUAAACUAUUCCGAAUUAACAAAUUGACAUCCGAAUGUGAUUUAUACGACGGAGGAGGCUAUAGAACAGCGACACCAGUACAAGGAAACCAGUUCUAUCAGAAGGUGCCGGACAGUGCAACGGAGAAUUAUAAAUCAUGGAAGCGACAAGUGGAAAUUUACCUGAUUGCUAGUGGUACGACGAAACUACCGGAGGAAAUUCAGACGGCGACGAUUAUCAAUUGUGGAGGUGAGAGACUUCUUAAAAUUUAUGAUCAUUUUGAGUGGACACAAGAUGAAGAUAAAAACAAGCCUGGUGAUGUAUUUAGCAAGAUCGAACAGUACUGUAAUCCUCGUAGAAAUGAAGUGGCAGAAUCGCACAAAUUCUGGAGUACCAAGUAUGUGGAACCUUUUGACCAGUUUCUUACCGAGUUAAGAAUAAAAGCGGCAUCAUGUAAUUUCAAAGAAGAGGAUCGAAUGAUUAGAGACAAGAUUGUAUUCAGUUGCUCAGGAAAAAUGCAACAGCUUCUUCUUAGGGAUGAUGACUUGGACCUUAAGAAAACAAUCAAAAUUUGUCAGUCUUAUGAACAAGCGAAUAGACAAGCAGAAGAAAUGAAGAAGGAAAACCAGUCUAGUGUACAUAAAGUUAGUGAGCAUCAAACUCCAAGAAACAGAAAAAGUACAAACAAGUUCCCUUACAAGAAAACAGCACAAAGUACACCACAAGACAGAGGAGAGAAAAUGUGCAAAUUUUGUGGAAACAAACAUGUCUGGAAGAAAGAAUUAUGUCCGGCAUGGGGAAAAACUUGUAAUAAAUGUCAUGGACGAAAUCAUUUCAGUGUGAAAUGCAAGAAAGUGCACCUGGUAGAGAGAAAUCGGUAUGACGAGUCAUCUGAUGAAGAUGAACACUGGCUGAAUGCUGUGAACUCGCUGAACUGUAAUAAUAAUUCAUUAACGGCAGUUAUGAAUGUGAACAAUUGUGACGUACGUUUCCAAUUGGACAGUGGUGCACAAACCAAUACGAUCCAAAAGAAGUAUGUUCGAAAGGAACAAGUUCGUCCGUCCUCAUCGACUCUGCGCGUGUAUGAUGCAGCACCUUUGACAACUUUAGGAGAAGUAGACCUGUGUGUUACAAACCCAAAAUCUGGAGAAGUGGUGAAUGUGACAUUUGCAGUUGUAAGCAAUAAACUUCAGAGUUUAUUAGGACUUGAUGUUAUAAAGAAAAUGAAUCUCAUCACAGUGAAUGGUGAAAAGUUUAUCUGGAAGCUGAAUACCACAUCUAAAUCAGAAUUAGGUGACCUUGGAGAAGCUACACUUGUAAUAGAUAGCCAGAUCCAACCAAAAACUCUCCCAUGUAGAAAACUCCCUCUCGCUAUCAAAGACCGUGUGAAAGCAGAACUUGACAGUCUAGUUGACAGAGGAAUCCUUAUUCCAGUUACAACACCUACAAAAUGGGUAAAUCAGAUGGCAGUAGUACACAAAGCCAAUGGCAAAUUGAGGAUUUGUCUUGAUCCACAAGCUUUAAAUUCAGCAUUAUUGCGUGAACACUAUAAACUACCUGUACUUGAUGAUGUGCUACCCAAGCUACAAAAUGCAAAGCUGUUUAGCAAGUUAGAUGUAAAAGAGGCAUACUGGCAUGUUAAGUUGGAUAAUGAAUCCAGUUUAUUGACAACCAUGAUCACCCCAUUUGGUCGAUACAGAUGGCAGAGACUCCCAUUUGGAUUAAAAGUUUCUAGUGAAAUUUUUCAGAGAAAGUUGACUGAAGCUCUGGGUGAUAUUGAAGGUGUUUUUACCAUAGCGGACGAUAUCAUUGUUACUGGAUGUGGAGAUACUAUUCCAGAAGCUGAAAGAGACAACAAGGAAAAACUGAAACUCCUGUACUCAAGAUGUAAUGAAGCAAAGAUCAUCCUGAAUGACGAAAAAAAAGAAAUCGGACUCCAAGAAAUUACUUUUCAUGGGCACAAAGUAACUAGCAAUGGAGUGAAAGCAGACGAUGGAAAAGUGAAAGCCAUUGUCGACAUGCCUAGACCAACUGAUGUGUCAGGUGUAAGAAGAUUUUGUGGUAUGGUGCAGUACAUGGCCAAAUUUAUACCGAGCUUGUCCACAACUCUGGAACCACUUAGAAAACUCACACGCAAAGACACUCACUGGAAGUGGACUGACAAGUGUGAAAAGGCAUUUACUGAUAUCAAGAUACAGCUAACCUGUACUCCUAUUCUAGCCUACUACAAUCCUGAUCUGGAAUUGACUGUACAAACAGACAGCAGUAAAGAUGGUCUUGGAGCUGUUCUUUUACAAGGUGGAAAGCCAAUUGAAUACGCUUCGCGCUCGCUCUCUUCGUCACAACGAAAAUGGGCUCAAAUCGAGAAAGAGGCCUUAUCCAUUCUAUUCGGACUGGAAAAGUUUGACCAGUACACCUAUGGAAGAAAAGUGAUUAUUGAGAAUGACCACAAACCUCUAGAAGUUAUUCUGAAAAAGCCCUUAUCAGCUGCUCCACGUAGACUACAGGAUAUCAUGAUGAAAUUGAACAGAUACGAUAUUACUUUCAAGUUCAUCAAAGGUGAAGACCUUGUCAUUGCAGACGCAUUGAGCAGAGCAACAGUAGAAGAUCCAGAUGAUCGCCCACGAAUUAUGAAUGUAUGUUUUGAUCCAGAUAUAUCAGAUGUUCGUCUUGAAGAGAUUAGCAAGGCAACAGAAAAGGAUCCUGAAUUGCAAAGUUUAAUUGCAUACAUCACUACUGGAUGGCCAGAGAGAAAGAAUUUGGUAGAGGAACCAGUGAAACAUUAUUAUGACUUACGAGAUACAUUGAGUGUCCAUAAUGACAUUAUCGUUAAGGGAGAAGCCAUAGUGAUUCCGAAAUCUCUUAGAUCUGAUGUUAAGUGUCGACUUCACUCAGCUCACCUUGGCUAUGAUUCUAUGAUUCGACGUGCUCGUGGAACAGUAUUUUGGCCAAACAUGCAAAGUGACAUAAAACAGAUUGCUGAAAACUGUUAUGCCUGUCAGCAGAUGAAAGCUAGACCAACAAAAACCAUGCUUACUCAACAUGAUGAAGGAACCACACCCUGGAACAAGAUUGGAUUGGAUUUUUUUCAAGUGAAAAAUCAUACUUACCUUGUUAGUGUUGAUUAUUACACAAAUUACAUUGAAGUUGAUCUGAUGUCAACAACAACUUCAGUGAAACUGAUUAAAACGUUGAAGAAACAAUUUUCACAUUUCGGAAUUCCUUCAAUUAUUGUCUCGGAUGGAGGACCCCAAUUUACUUCAUAUGAAUUCAGCAAAUUCACCACGGAAUGGGGAAUACGACAUGUUACCUCCUCACCAAACCAUCAGAGAGCCAACGGAAAGGCGGAAUCGGCUGUAAAAAUCAUCAAAAACAUGAUUAUUAAAUGCGACAAGGAAGGAACAGACCAAUUCGAGGCACUCAUGGAACAGAGAAAUACCCCUCGACAAGAUACAGGUCUUAGUCCGUGCGAGAUGAUGUUUGGAAGACCAACUCGAACAAGACUUCCAAAACUAAUACUCUCUAAGACGAGUCGCAAUACAAAACGUGAACAACGGAAGAAGUCGGUGAAACGUUACUAUAACAAAACGGCUUAUGACAAACCUACACUGAAGCAGAACCAAAGUGUUUUCUUUGAAAGGAAAGAAAAGGAAAAAUGGAUUCUUGGCAAAAUUGUUGACUGUCUUCAUAACCAGACCUACAUAAUUCAGUCACAGGAUGGAACAACUUAUCGCAGAAAUCGUCUUCAUAUUAGACCCACUGAAAUUGAAGCAGUAAUAAGAGAUAAGUCCCCAGUGCGCCUGGAAAACAAGAGGAAACCGUUUCAAAAUACACCCCCUGAGAAAACAAUGACCAGCCCAGAACCAGCAAAUCUUCCAGAAAAGAAAAAGCCAAUUGAAACCACAGCUGUAAUCGGUUCAUCUCGCGAAAUAGUGAAUGCAAGUGAUUGUCCUGUGCAAGAAACAUUAUCUACAAACAAUCCGGAACCAACAUUGCAGUACAUCACUAAUCGAGAUGAAUGGUUUCCGGAGUAUCAAGUAUGUGUAUGGAUUCAUAUCGAGACUCUAAACCACCAAGAGGCUAACGAUCGAUGUCAAUCGGAAGAAUGGAUUCACGUGUUCUCCCGACGGGUAGGCUACAGGUUGUAUGAGUGGUCUGACGGUUCCCCCAUCCCGUCCUCAGGGUGGUGGUGUUCCGGACAACCUUAUGAGGACCUCGCAUGUCUGGGUGCCGAUCUUAACAUGGGUCCAUGGUGUCCUAAUGGGGGACUAGACGAUAUUGUUUGUACAGCCAAAAGACCUUUCUUCUGUGUCUAGAUUGAAAGUCUCUCCAACUUAGAUAUUUUUAAUCAGGGUUAAAGAACACAUUCUGUGUUUCUAAACUUUUAUAUCUUUCAGCAAAAUUAAUUCUUUUCAUGUCUGAAACUACCGUACUUUAAAUAUGUUUCAAUAAAUGAAAUAUUUUGCGUAUUUUUUAUUUUUAUUUUUUUUUUAGUUUAAAAGCAAUGAAUUUCAAAUCUUACAAUAUGCAUAUUUACUUCGAUAUUUUACCUGCCAAUUAUAUGUGACGUCAUACCUUGUAUAUGUGACCUCGGGCGAGAAGGUUUGAAAACAGUUGUUUGCCACUUUAUAAACAGAUUAGAUUUCAUCAAUGACAAAAACCGUCAAUUAUCAGGUUAACGGCUUGUAUAUAACCAUUUGCACCGGGGCGGGUUUGACCGGCAUACUCCUCCUAGCCACCUGAUCCCACCUCUGCUAUAUCCAGGGGUCCUUGUUUGCCCAACUUGCGAAUUGCUGACUUUAAACGAGACUGGUGAAACCCCAUCGACUUGUUUGUCAGUAGCUUGCCUCGAUUUAAAAACUGACUAUACACAGAACAAGUUUUUGCGUAUCGAAUUAGUUGAGAGAUAUAAACACCAUAUGCAGGAGAUAAUGGUAUAUUACUCAUGGGAAGUUGACGAUGGAGAAGCUGAAAUCAUCCCGUUUGGCAUAAAGUUGAAUUAUUAGUUUGCCGUUCAUAUCUACUUUCAAUGAAAUAUCUAAGUAUGAAGCAGAAGUGGACGACUCUGUGGUAUCUUUUAUUUCGAGUUCACAAGGAUAUA